AUGUCGUCCAAUCCGACUAUUCUCCCCAGGUAUCGCGGCGCCGUUUCCAACGACGAAGACAUGGACGGAUCCAUCCAACAGCCUGCCACCCAAUAUAGCAAUCAAAUUGUCCUUGAUGCCGAAGACCCCAUGGGCCACUCCUCACAGAGUAACAGCAAUGCCUACGAUGUCUUCCCCCAGUCUGGAGGCAACCAGUUUCGCGCCACGCCCGACCGACAACCUGAGCUUUGCGGUCGGUAUGAUGCACCGCACUACCGAUUUUACGAAGAUUGGAACACGCAGCUUGUCUUUGAUCUCCAUGAAAAGAAUAGCAACAAUGCCUGGAAAUACUCUUUUCAAAAGAUGAGUUACACUCUUCGCUCUUGGUUAUACCAUUUCACCGAAGAAACACUGCAACAGCCACCUCCUCAACCGCCCGUUGAGCUCAGGCCUCCCCCAGAAGCGAUCCGGAAGUUCACAUCUGUUCUCGUCUCUCAACAUUAUCCUGUUGAAACAAACUGGAAUGUCGCCAAGUCCACCAACAGAUACGAGACUGUUGAGGCGGAAUGGUAUAUGGAACUUCGCCAUUUCUUCGUCGAUCUCCCCACGCAGCUCACUGAGCUGGAGGAAUGUCUGACCGGUACCGCCUCUGCGUUCUCCACCAACGACAACGAAGAAAACAAGGCCGACACGCGCGCGCUAGCCAACUGGACCUCCCAUCAACUACCCGACGCCUUUGCCGGCCGUCAUCCCGUCUACGCCUACCCACGCGCUCGCUAUCCCAAUCUCCGCUACGCCCGGCGGAUUGUCUUCUCGCAACGUCUAGACAUCCAAGACAACCACGACCAGUCUGACGAUAACAGCAGGUGGCUGACAGGCCGCUGGCUCGUGGUGGCCUACCUUUUUGCUCCGACCCGCAAAGCAGUCAAGAAAAUGGACGUGAAGAGUCUACUACUCUCUGGCUGCACUCCUGCUGGCCAUGGUACAUAUAGGAACACAAACACGAUGUCGCGUCUCAACGCCUACAACCCCAUCAGGGAUGUACAUAUGACAUCCAUGAGGCCCGGCUCAAGAGAGUGGUGGUUGCUACCGAGACAAAAUAUUUUCUUCCAGCUCCAGCGUUGUGACGAUGAGAUGCUCGCCACAGCCUUCAUCUCCCAAGAUCCCAACGACUAUGACAGACCAUAUGUCCAUCGUCGGAAUGAUCACGAUUCCUCCACUCCCGACUACAGACGCCACAUGGAACGGCGGCUGGAGGACAUGGAACGGCGGCUGCAUGACAUCGAAUGGGCGCGACCUCUCCCAUUUGCACACGCCCAUGGCCAUGGAGUCGGCGGAGGUAUCCUUUCGGGACUCAACGGCCGUUGUAGGUUGGUGGAUCGGAUGUGGCCUGCUUUGAUGACGGGCCAGGACAUGAAGACGGCUUGGGAUGCUUCCGGUACUACCUCCAGCAAUUCUAGUACCUGCUGCACUCCAGGUAGUACAUCUAGUACCUCUUCCGAAGAAGAUGAUACCACCUCUGACAGCGAUGACGACGGGGAGGGCUCUUUCGGCUUUACCCUCAGGAUGGUGAUCGGCUUGGUCGCUACUGCUGGUGCACUUUGCGAACUUGCAAAUUCUUCUCGGGACGAGCUUUCGUCUUCUUCGCCACGAUAG